AAAAUAAUGCACGGAAGCUACUUCUUCAGCAACGUAUAUCCAUUAUGUAGUCACAGAUGCAGACGAAAAGGAUAUUAAAGUCAUUUUCCAGGUGUGGGCAAAGAAAUAUCUCGAUGUUCUUUUUCAAGUCUCUUUUUUUAUUAUCCUUAAAGGAAAGGUGCGUAGCAUAAAUUCCAUGUCAACCAACUACCCACACUAGAGCGAACAAAGCAUGGGGAAAGUGUUCAAUGGAGUAGAAGAGUUCUCUGAAUCACGCAAUGUGUUCAAGACGGUUCCUGCAUUGGUGUUGUAUCUUGGAGCAAUUCAUUUCAACCUUGCGUUGAUACUCUGGGCCACAGUCUUCCUUCCUCUCUCCAAAGGACUCUUGGUGUUCGGUUUGCUCUUGGUGUUCGUGCUCAUCCCUGUGGAUGAGAACAGCAUUUUUGGUCAUAAAUUGUCCAAAUACAUAUGCAAGCACAUUUGCUCCUAUUUUCCCAUAACGCUUCACGUAGAAGAAGCAAAAGCCUUUCGUCCUGAUCAAGCUUAUGUUUUUGGGUAUGAACCACACUCGGUUUUUCCAAUUGGCAUUGUUGCACUUGGUGACAGCACUGGCUUCAUGCCUCUUGCAAAAACAAAAUUUCUUGCUAGCAGCGCCGUAUUCUAUAUACCAUUUUUGAGACACAUAUGGACAUGGUUAGGAUUUACGCCAGUGACAAAGCAAAAUUUCAUUUCCUCGUUGGAAGCUGGUUACAGUUGCAUUUUAGUACCUGGUGGAGUUCGAGAAACAUUUUUUAUGGAGCCUGGUUGUGAGAUUGCCUUUCUUAAGCAAAGAAGAGGAUUUGUCCGCAUAGCAUUGCAAAUGGGCCUACCCCUUGUUCCAGUUUUCUGCUUUGGCCAGACAAAAGCCUACAAGUGGUGGAAGCCUCCAGGAAGGUUAAUGCAAAAUCUUGCAAGGUUUUUGAAGAUAAUUCCAUUAUUUUUCUGGGGUAUUUAUGGAUCUCCUAUACCAUUCAAAAAUCCAUUGUAUAUCGUCGUGGGUAGACCAAUUGAGCUAGAGAAAAAUCCAGAACCAACAAUGGAGCAGGUUGCCAAAGUACAUAGUCAGUUUGUUGAAGCACUUCAAGAUCUUUUCGACCGACACAAAGCUCAUGCUGGAUAUACAAAUCUCGAGCUGAAAAUAUUUUGACAAGGCCAACGUCUGUUGGUCCUAGCUAGUGGCAAGCUUUAGUUGUCUUCGGGUGAAGUCAUACAUUUGAAUUUUGUGAACAGAGAAAAAAAAAUAGUCAUUAAGCCCCUUAAAUGAGUUUACUCGGUUUGACUUGGAUUAUACCAAAUAUCUAAACUAAAAAAACGAACAAAAAAAUGUUUAACUAGAUCACGAUUUCAUCUCAUAUUUGUGUCAAAAACAUGUAUUUAUUUUUUACUUUGUUUUUCUUCC